AUGAGAGAUGAAGAGGCCCAGAAGCCCCAAACAGCUCCCAGCAGCAGCAGCUGCACGAAUCUAGCGACGAGCUUCGGCGGCAAGAGGGAUAGCCCUAAUUUGGAGGGGCUGUUUGGGAGGGGCAAGUAUAAAUUGUGGGCUCUGACCGCCAUAACCCUGCUCGCGCUCUGGUCAAUGUUCACCGGCUCCGUCACUCUGAAAUCGUCCGCCGUCAACCUUGACCGCUUGUCUGAGGACUUGGAACCCUACUCCCAUGGCGACCUUGAUGUUUUGGAUGUGGACGAAAGGGAGAAAAUGGUGAGGCAAAUGUGGAAUGUGUACCAACAUAGCAAUAUUGCUCGGCUGCCGAGUUUCUGGAGAGAUGCAUUCGGGGCAGCAUACGAAGAGCUGACGAGCGAGAUUUCCAGUAUACGAAAUGGCGCCAUUUUAGAGAUUGCCAAAAUGUCUUUCUGGUCCCACGACAUAUACGACUCGCCUCCUACAGAAUCAACUUCUCGAUUAUCGAAGGAAGUUCUUCGACCGAGCAUCAACUCGAGGAAGAUGAGAAAACAGAUGGCCGAUGGCAGCGAGCGCACGGGCGAGGAAAACCUAGGAGCGGCCCGAUUUCGCAGUCAACAACAGCGUCAGGAGGGUUUUGACUACCAGAUUUCUCCCAAUCGCGCAACCCUAGAUGACGAUUUCCGACAACCUGCAGCAGGUGGAGGGUCGAGCAGAUCCCUUGACGAUAAUUUCCGUCGGGCUUCUACAAGAGAGGACAGUGCGUGGCGGUGGCCGCAGGUGGGGCGUCGCGCCGCUGCAAACGGCGGCGACUUCCUUGGCCGUGAGCCACGCUGGGCCGCUGAGGAUUUUUCAACGACCGGUGAGCACAAUUGGGGACAACGUCAGGAGGGUUUUGACUACCAGAUUUCUCCCAAUCGCGCAGCCCUAGGCGACGAUUUCCGGCAACCUGCAGCAGGUGGAGGGUCGAGCAGAUCCCUUGACGAUAAUUUCCGUCGGGCUUCUACAAGAGAGGACAGUGCGUGGCGGUGGCCGCAGGUGGGGCGUCGCGCCGCUGCAAACGGCGGCGACUUCCUUGGCCGUGAGCCACGCUGGGCCGCUGAGGAUUUUUCCACGACCGGUGAGCACAAUUGGGGACAACACGCGAUCGGUUUUGGCCACAGCAGGGGCAGUGAAGCUCGAAGGGGACAACCCUGGGCGGACACGAUUUUUGGAGGGUCUGGUUCUCUCGAUCGGCGGCGAGCAGGUGUAUGUUUCGCCGGUGACGGCGGCCGAUAUGGGCGGCGCGACUGCGAGAAUGCGGCGGGAUACGGAGUUGCUCACUGUUUCGGAUUUCACAGAGAAGGGGCAAGGGUGCAGCGACGGGAUUUGUGGGAUGGCGAUUUGGGAGACGAGCAGAAAAUUGAACCAGCUUUUCACCCUUUUGGGCCUGCGCAGGAAAACAGUAGCACGCACGAGAGUAGCAGCGGCCGGGGAACGAAGAUGCAAAUAGAUGUCGCUGACAGCGACCUGCAUGCGAGAUGA